UACAAAUUACAACCAUUCAUAUGUAUUUGUGUUCGUAGUUCGUACAUGUUUUAUAUAUAAUGAAUUCAUAUACAUGUCAAAACAAGUUAGUGUACAAAAUAAAUUAGAUUUAUUGAAAUUAAUAUAUCCUAAUUAUGAAGAGAUAGUCUCAAUUUGAAGUAAAAUUUAAUUGUGAAAUAAUUUGUAACUUUUUAGUGAAUUUGGCGGUAAAAAUAAUUGGAUAAAAAUUAUUUAAAAAGUUAACUUUCAAAAGAAUUCAAAAUGAGACGCACCAGGAGAAUGGCUAAAAUAGUAGAAAGUAGUGAUAGUGAAGAUAAUGUACCUUUAAAGAAGUUGCAUCAAUUCUCUAAUAAUCCCUCUUCAAUAAAAGAAAAUGAUUCCUCAAGUGAAAGCGAUAUCGAAAAUUAUUUGCAGCCCAUUGACAAAAUUGAUUUAAAUUCAUCUUUCUUCAAUACCCAAAAGAAAAAUGAAGAAGAGUUUAACAAAAUAGAGAAAGAACUAUUUGCCGGAAUAACAAGACUUAGUGACUCAGACUCAGAUGAUGUAGAUGCAAAUGAGGAUAAAAGCUCACCGAAAAAUUCAGAACAAAUAGAAGUGGAAAAUAAUCCUAGCACUAGUGGCACUAAAUUAAACUUCAAGCAGUUAGAAGAAUAUACUAGGCAAAUAGAAGAGGCCAAGAAACAUAUUGAAAAAUAUAAUGCCAAGAAAAAAGCAUCCAAAAAAAUAGAAGAAAAUAAUUUAGACAUCUCAAAUCUGUUAGCUGUUGGAGAAUCCAAACAAGUAACUCUUGAGGAUAUUAAACUUGAGGAUUUGCAUUCAAGUGACUUUGAAUCAGGCGAUUCAGAGCGAGAAGACUGGGAAGAAGUCAAAAUUAAGGAUUAUCAGGAAACCAAGGAACAUAAUGUUAUUCGAAAACAAGAUAUACAAAUUGUAGUUAAUAUGCCGGACUCUUGCAGAAAAAAGAAAGGUGUAGAUUUGCUUGCAGCUAUGAAACGGCGAUUGAAUCGUAUAAGGAAAGAAAAUCAAGUAUAUGUCCAUAAGGUGCAUUUACUGUGUUGGAUAGCACACGGUAAUUACGUUAAUGCAGCUAUUAAUAACACCGAAAUAUUGGGCUUGGCUCUGUCAUUAUUGCCUUCAGAUAAGUGUUAUCCUUCCGAACGAACAGAUCUAAGUUAUCUUGAGCAGAUCGUUCAGUGGUAUAAAAAAGCCAUAAACCUAGUAGAAAAACCAAUAAAUAAAAAGUCACGCUUGGUAGAUAUCCUUAAAUUACAAAUAAGCAAGAAGGAUGCGUAUAAUAAAAACAUGUUUGUUUAUAUAUUUAUAGCGAUACUGAGAGCUUUAGGAAUACAAUGUAGGUUGGUCCUUUCAUUCCAAGUAGAGUCUUUACGACCUCCUGCUAGUGAACUUCAUUCAUUACGAAAUGACGAUAUUAAAAAGGAGAUGAAAAAUAAAAGUUCGAAGAAUAAAACUGAACAUAACAAAAGUCUGUCUAGCAAAGAGUCGAAACAAUCUGGAACUAUCAAACAGAAAAAAGACAAUAAUGCUUUGGUAAUAAAAACAUCUAAUGCAUCAUCUGUUGACAAAUGUGGCAAUUCCUAUGCAAUGAGAAAUAAAGAAAAAAAAGGUAAAUCUGUUAAUGAAGAUAGAAAAUCGGAAGCAGAUAAUAAAUUAAAUAAUAAUACAAUAAAGAAAGAUGAGAAAAAAAAUGUAGAGAAUAAAAAUAAAUCUACAAAUGAAAAAGGUGAUAUGUUAAAAGUUAAAGAAACUAGAAAACGUUGUUUAAGAAGUGAAAGAAAUACAGAAAAAGAAACUAUUCACAUACAGGAAUCAAAUGAAAUGAAAAAGAAAUUAAAAAACGAGGAUAUUAAAAUUAAAGAAAAAGGGUUUAAAAAUACUUUAGAUGUGAAAGAAACUAAAAGCCGUUCAAAAAGUGAGAGUAACAGUGAAGUAAAGGCAUCUAAAUCAAAACCUAAAAAUAAUUCAAAGAAAGAUGUAAUUAAAAUAAAAUUUCCAAAAAGAGAGAAGAUCAAAGGGGUUCCCCAAGUUGAUGGUACAAAUAAUUCAUCUGACGAGGAAUAUUUUAUAAAACAGUUAGAUGGUGCAGAUGACAAAAAAGAAAAACCAAAGUCGAAAAAACCUAAUUUGAAAAAAUUAAGGACCCCAGAAAAUGCUUGUGAUGUGAAGAAACAUCCAAAUCGAUUGAAAACUCUGGACAAAGGAUAUAAUUCCGAAGAUGACUUUCAACCCAGAAACUCAAUUAUGAAGAAAAAUACCGAGUCUCCUAAAGUAAUAGAAAAUCGCAAAGUUAAUUUAAACAAAUUGAAGAAUUUAUCAAAAAAAAGAGAUCAGCCAAAAACAGUUGUAUCACCACCUCAAAAACAACUAAACGUUAAAGACGAUAUAAUAAAUCUAAUCAAAGGUAGGAUUGUGGAACAGAAGCAAGUAGAUAGGAGUAGAAUGGUAAAAAAAAGAAAACCUCCACCUGACGAUAGUGACUCUGACAGCGACUUUAUGCCAGAACCCAUUAAAAAGAAACAUCAUCACAGUGACAGUGAUAUCGAUUAUUUUGUGCCCAAACCUAAAGUUAAGCAAAGAAUAAGAAUACCGAGAAAAGGGUCAGAUUUGAAAACAUCAACCGAUAGCGACCUUGAGAAGACUGGCAAGAAAAAGGGUAAUAAUGUUUGGGCAGAAGUAUUUUUAGAAGCCGAAGAAAAGUGGAUUAGUGUAGACGUCGUUCGUGGCCAGGUCCAUUGCGUAAAUGAAUUAUUUACCCGGGCUACUCAUCCAAUUUCUUACAUUGUGGCAUGGAAUAACAAUAACAACAUAAAAGAUAUUACGAAGAGAUACUGCACCAAUUUUAAUACUAUUACUCGUAAAUUGAGGGUAGACGCAAAAUGGUGGGAUGAAACUCUUAAACCAUUUUUAGGAAAAUACACUGCAAGGGAUAAGGAAGAAGACGAUGAUUUAAAUCGACAGCAACUCGACCAACCUCUGCCAAAAUCUGUUGCAGAAUACAAAAACCAUCCGCUAUACGCGCUCAGAAGGCAUUUGCUUAAAUUUGAGGACAUAUAUCCCCCUGACGUCCAGCCGUUAGGCUUUAUAAGAGGAGAAGCAGUAUAUCCCAGGAAUUGUGUUUAUGUGUGCCGAUCUAGAGAUAUCUGGCUUAAAGAAGCUAAGGUUGUUAAACUAGGGGAACAACCAUAUAAAAUCGUGAAAGCCAGGCCAAAGUAUGACAAGCUUUCAAACAAAAUUAUAACCGAUCAGUUGUUGGAAAUUUUUGGGGAAUGGCAGACUACCGAUUACGAACCUCCAACGGCUCAGAAUGGGGAAGUACCAAGAAACGCCUUUGGAAACGUUGAAUUGUUUAAGCCCUGUAUGCUACCGAAGGGUACUGUACAUCUGAAAUUACCCGGCCUCAAUAAAGUGUGUAGGAAAAUGAACAUAGAUUGUGCGUCCGCAAUUGUAGGAUUCGAUUUUCAUGGGGGUUGGAGUCAUCCAAUGUACGACGGAUUUGUAGUUUGUGAAGAAUUUGUCGACGCAGUGGUAGCCGCGUGGGAAUCCGAACAAGAAGAGAUUGAAAAGAAGGAAAACGAGAAAAUUGAAAAACGGGUAUAUGGGAACUGGAAAAAGCUCAUCAAGGGUCUGUUAAUUAGAGAAAGGCUCAAAGCUAAAUAUGACUUUGGUGAAGCUAGCACAUCUAAGGAAAGUAAAGAAAAGAAACCGAAAGGGCCAAGAUUUUGUACAAAGAAAAGAUAAAAAUGAAAAGUUGUGAAAUGAAAAAACUUGUAAAACAUCAUCUAUGGAAAUAAAUUCUAACCAAAACAUCGUUAUAUCUCUGAGGAGUAAACAAAUAUUUUGUACGGGUGAAAAUAAAUACAUUUAAGGUACAUUUCUUGCCAAUAAAAUUUUGAUCUUUAUUAUUGUUAUACAAUCACUUUUUAUUGGUAUUAUAGAAAAUUUAUAUUUAAGUUUAUUAAA